AUGGGUAACGAAGAAUCAACCAUGAUGGAUGAUACCAUCGCCCCCUCAGUGUUGGAAGCGCGUAACAUUGAGGCAGUGGCCAAGUACAUCAAAGUUUACGAUGUGAAGAAAGUCGUAUUGAUGGUGGGAGCCGGCAUCAGCACUUCAGCAGGGAUUCCAGACUUCCGCUCACCUGAUACCGGAAUCUAUGCCAAUCUGGCCUUCCUGGAUCUGCCAGAGCCCGAAGAUGUCUUUGAUAUCGGUUUCUUCCGGGAGAACCCUAAGCCGUUUUACGCUUUGGCGCAUGAAUUGUACCCAGGCCGCUAUCGCCCAACUAUUGUCCACUCAUUUAUUCGACUGCUCUAUGAGAAGGGUAUGCUCCUGAAGCAUUUUACCCAGAACAUCGACUGUUUGGAGCGCCAAGCUGGCGUGCCGGGCGAUAAAAUCAUCGAGGCUCAUGGAAGCUUUGCCUCACAACACUGCAUUGACUGCAAGGAACUCUACCCAGACGAGGAGAUGCAUGAAAAGGUCGCCAAAAGCGAGGUUCCCCACUGCCACAAAUGCAAUGGACUAAUCAAACCGGACAUUGUAUUUUUCGGCGAAGCUUUACCAUCAUCUUUCUUCGACAACCGCGACCUCCCCGCCGAAGCCGAUCUUUGCAUCGUGAUGGGAACAAGUUUGCAAGUGCAGCCAUUCGCCAGCCUGCCAUCGCUGUGCAGCGAGGGUGUGCCUCGCGUGCUCAUUAACAAAGAACAAGUGGGUGGACUGGGAUCACGCAAGGACGACGUGUUACUUCUCGGCGACUGCGAUGCUGGCGUUCUCAGAUUUGCGCGAGCUUUGGGAUGGGAAGAGGAAUUGGAGGCACUUUGGGAAAAAACCAACCCGGAUCUUCAGUCGAGGGCGGAGGAGACUGCUCCCCCGCAAACUAGGGAUGAACGGCUGCACGAUGAAGUGGAGCGAUUGACGGAAGAGGUUGACCGAACCCUGGGGCUGACAGAAGCGUAUCAACGCAAGGUUCACGAAAAGCUGGAGUCACACGAAUCACCCGAAGCACACCGCCAGUCUGGGGGUCUCGGCCACGUUUUCCCCCAUCUCAAGCUGUCACAUUAA